AUGGACUCCGACCAUGACAACUCCUUCAACGAAGACUACAACCCGCACAAGACCUACCAAUCUAAGGGCCACUCGCCCAAGGGCCGUUCUCCUAGGUCCGACGCCGCCGCCAGGGUGUCGUUACUCAGCACAUCCCUGGACCACCACGGCCUCUUUCCCCAUCACAUCCUCCCCAUCCAUGACAGCCCUCGGACCCUGCCCAACCCAGACAAGUCCUUCAUCCACGAGGCCACCGAGAAAAGCGAUUUCGACGCUUUGAAAGAGGGAUUGUCCUUCGCGUUGGGCUCUGGUGAGCAUGGCGCCAUGUGGUUCCCCGUGAACCAUGACGAGAAGCCCACCACCCAUGAAAAACUGCAUCACUCCUCCAAACCCACUCAGGACUUAUCUUCGGUGGGCCACGAGUAUACCGACAACAUUCCACUCGAAGACAUGGGCUCGCGCCACAGCCAGUUCGGUGGCUCCAACAGCGAUGCUUCUUUGCAUUUAUCUCCCUUUGCCGAUCCUUCCAGCAAGCCAGCUACCCCAUCCCAAGAAAUACCCGAAAUCAAUUUCGACCAUUUGGAGGCGGGGUCCUCCAAAAAAGAAGAGACUUCCCCCGCAAAAUUCUCGGACGCCAUUACCAGGUUCUCUGAGCGUAUUGCAGGUACUGGAGCCACCAAGCCCGUUGAAGACUCCCCUUCCAAGAAAACACACUUGACCGUGAAAUCUCGCAACGCUAGUACCGCUCCUUCACCAAUCAGCGGAACCUUUCUGUUUUUCCGGGACCACACUGACGAAGAAUCCCAUAGAAAGGGCGGCUCCACUUAUUCUCAGAGUAACAAGAGCGUCCCCAACGUUACCAUCGUUGAUGAGAACAACUCCAAGAUAGACCUCGAAUUCAACGGUCCCUCCGAUGGCUUGGGAUUAUUCGUAUCCGAUACGCAACCCUCCCAGGCGGAAUCUUCCCCAAUAAUCCACUCACUGCAUCACAACACAUCGCAUCCACAUUUCGCCGAAAAGACAACUUCUGCCAACAUGUAUCUAUUCGGAAAAUCGCUUAAAAUAUUCUCCCCAGAUAAUCCCAUCAGGCAAUGGUGUCAUACCAUUAUAUCAAGACACUCCACGAAUAUUUCAUUACUAGUCUUGUUAUUUUUUCAAGUCAUUCUAUUGAGUUACAGACAAUGGAACCCACCAGCAUUAGAUGGCUAUUUUUACAAGGGAUACAACUGGGCUGAUUAUAUUUUAAUGGGUAUUAACUUCAUCUAUACAGUUGAAGUUGUUGUCAAAAUCAUAGCCUAUGGAUUUAUCGACGACUAUUCUAUGUUCGAAGAAUUGGGCUUGCCAUACCCUGAAAGUGAUAUAAAAGCAUCAUACUUCAAGAUGGACUAUUUGACUAUAGUAUUAAAAGGAUUCGGGCUUCACAAAAUCCUUGCCCGCAACCGUCGCUCCAAGACAGGAGCUCCUCCAUUAGAGCUCAGGCAAAGCUCCCUGGAUGAUGACCACGAAGAUUCUUAUGAUGUUAAGGAGAUCAACCUCGACGAUGACUCCCCUAGACAACAUUCGCAUCUCAGACAAAAGUAUAGAGAUUUGAGUCUGCACCAUGUUGACAGUGAUUUUGACCAAAGUAAUCUUGCAGAUGAGGCAACUCCAACCCCAAAUAUUAAGAAGACCAACACAUUUUUCAUACCUCAGGAUAAAGGAGAUUUAAGCAACUUACAUUUGAAAAGAGCAUAUAUUCGAAACAGUUGGCACAAGAUUGAUUUUUUCUCCAUGAUCACUUUUUGGAUAUCCUUGGUGCUUUCUAUUGACCAUUAUGAUGCCAAACACCAUAUCAUGUUGUUCAGAACUUUAAGUUGUCUUCGUAUUCUCAGACUCUGUAAUUUGACCACUGGUACUAGCACCAUUUUGAAAUCAGUUAGAAUGGCCAUUCCUCAAUUGAUCGAUGUAUCCAUUUUUAUCAGUUUCUUCUGGUUGUUCUUUGGAAUUAUCGGAGUUCAGUCAUUCAAGUCUUCACUCACCAGACAUUGUGUGUGGCAAAACCCAAAUGAUGCUAAUGAUACUUAUGUUAGUGAGCAAUUUUGUGGCUCAUACAUUGGCUUGGAUGGACAUGCCAAACCUUACAUACAAAGAGAUGGACUGGAUUCAUUGAGUAUAAAGGGUUUCAGAUGCCCAAUGUACUCUAGGUGUGUUAGUGGUGAAAAUCCAUUCGGUGGGACCGUCAGUUUCGACAACAUUUUGCAAUCAAUGGAAUUGGUUUUCGUUGUCAUGAGUGCUAACACAUUUACUGAUAUAAUGUACCAAACAAUGGAUACUGAUAACUUAGCAGCUUGUUUAUUCUUCAUUUGUUCCAUCUUCAUCCUCACAGUGUGGCUCAUUAAUGUGUUAAUUGCUGUAGUUGUUACCUCGUUUGAUGUUACAAGAGAGAACGCUCAAGAAGAACAGAAGAAUAAGAAAAGAGCUCUGGGAUCUUUGGGAUUCUUGCAACCAAAGGGUGUUUCAGAUCAUGUGGAGAGAAUGAAUUUGUGGAAGAAACAAAAUCUUUUGUUAAGAUACUACUAUAGGUUUGAGUUUGUCUUCUCCAUAUUGAUUGGAGUUGACUUGUUUGUUCAAUGUUUUAGAAAAGAUGUCAUGUCAGAUGCAAGGAGGCACGCUUUGUACCGGAUAGAAGCUGCAUUCACUCUUGUAUUCUUGGCCGAAAUUGUGCUUAGGUUCGUUCUCCACUUCCCCAAUUGGAGACUAUUCUUCUUUUCGAAAAGGAACAAUUUCGACUUAUUCUUGGCCAUAAUCACUUCAGUCAUUAUUUUUGACCCAGUUAAAUCUAAAUUGGGCCGUGCAUAUUACUGGUUGACUGUAUUCCAAAUUAUGAGGUUCUAUCGAGUGGUUUUAGCAACUUCAAUUACUAGCAGUCUUUGGCUUAAGAUUAUUAAGAAUAUAAGAGCAAUAUUCGAUUUGGCAUUGUUCUAUUUUAUUUUGGUCUUUCUCAUGAGUAUCAUGAUGGCAAGAUAUUUUGAAGGUGUUAUUCCAUUAGAUGAGUUUGAUGACGUUGAUUUUCCGAUGCAUACAUUGCCCAACUCAUUUAUUGCACUCUAUGUGAUCACAUCUACCGAAAAUUGGACAGACGUUUUGUAUCCUUUGCAGCAAUAUGCAACCACCACUUCUUCUAGAUCGUUUGGAGCUGUAUUCUUAAUCACAUGGUUUGCAGUUUCGAAUACGGUGAUUUUGAAUAUUUUUAUUGCUGUGAUUGCAAAAACACUUGAAGUUUCGGAGGAAGGAAAAAGAAAGAAACAAUUGCUCCAAUUUAUUGACAAUAUGACCGAUAGACUUCAGAAUAUGGAUGGCCGCACUGGUGCACUCUCCAAAUUCAAAAGCAAAUUAUUCAAGUCUAAAGGUGUAAAAGAUCAAUUAGAAAAGGCUGUGGUCAAUCUUUUAUUGAGUGGUACAGCUGUUAAUGAUUUCUUAGAUGAGGACAUUGGAGAUCUAGAAGAAGAUGACAAAGUUAAAAACUUGCCAAGCUCAAGCUGGAAAAGAUGGUUACAUGUUAACUAUUGGAGAACAUCAAAUUUUUUCAAAAACCCAUUCUACUCAACCAAAACUCGUGAUACCAGUGUAUUGAACAAUUUUGAUCCUGCCCGUUUUGCCAAGAAUAUCAUUAGCGAAAGAAAUGUACUUAUAUCCAAACAGAAUCAAUUUUUGGAAGAGAAUCCAUAUUUCAAUAAGGUUUUCUAUCUAAUGGAACCAAGACACAAACUCAGACGGUUGUGUCAACGCUUAGUCAAAUCGAGUUAUGGUGAGCGUAUCGAUGGUGUAGAACCAUAUAAACCUGUGAGUGAGUCUAUAGUUGUGAUCAUGUUCAUUGCUACCAUCGCUUUGGUUGUAUCUACUUGUUAUAUCACACCAUUGUUCAGAAGAACUAUUGUCAAAGACGGGCCUUUCGAUUGGACCUUUUAUUUGGAAAUUUCGUUUGUUAUACUAUUCACCCUUGAAUUCCUUAUCAAAAUCACAGCAGAUGGUUUUAUAUUCACCCCUAAUGCCUACGUCAGAUCUUCGUGGAACUCUAUUGACAUGAUAGUGCUUGUUGCUCUCUGGAUUGAACUUAUUGCGUAUGUGAGAAACGAUGGUACUCUAUCAAAAGCUGUUCGUGGUUUGAAAGCAUUCAGAGCUUUAAGAUUAUUGACUAUCAGUGAAACAGCCAAGGCCAAUUUUCAUAACUCGAUGAUCUCCGGAUUUUGGAAGAUUAUUAGCGCAGCGAUUAUCUCUUUGUGCUUAUUGUUUCCCUUUUCUAUCUGGGGUCUUAACAUUUUCAAUGGUACCUUGGGUCAUUGUUUGGAUGGAGAAUCUUCAAUGUCCAUGUGUUUCAAUGAAUAUGAAAAUAACGUAUUCAAUUGGGAUGUUAUGAGUCCUAACGCGUAUGUUCAACCAGAGUUAGAGUUCAAUUCGUUUGCAAAAUCGUUCUUGUCUUUGUUUCAGAUUAUUUCUCUUGAAGGUUGGACUGACUUAUUGCUUGAUCUUAUUGCCAGUACCGGCGGAGAAACUCCACCCGAGCUGAAUUCGCAUCCUUUCAAUGGAUUUUUUGUGGUGCUAUUCAACUUUGUUAGUACCAUCUUCAUCUUAACCUUGUUCGUAUCGGUCAUUAUCUCAAAUUAUUCAAAAACAACAGGUAGAGCAUACAUGACACACGAUCAAAUUGCUUGGUACGAAGUGAAGAAAAUAUUAAUUCAAGUUAAACCAUCGAAGAGAAAGGAUUUUACACAGUUAACCUUUGUCCGUCGAUUUUGUUACAUGAUGACAGUGGAAAAGAAUCGUUAUUGGUCAAUCAUUAUGAAUUUCACUUUGUUCAUGCAUGUUCUUUCAUUAUUACUUGAAUGUUUUCCCACCUAUAAUGGUUUGUAUGCGUUCAGAAUGAUUGUAUACAUGGUGGCCGCAACAGUUUUUCUUAUAAAUGCCUUAAUGUUGUUGACUGGACAAGGUUUAGUAACAUUUUUAAGAUAUAAGUGGAAUUGUUUCAGCCUUUUCAUCUCCGUUGGGGCAUUCAUCACUACAAUUAUUGGUUUCUUCAUUAAUCAAGACAGUGUAUUCAUUAACAUUAACAGAUUAUUCUUGGUUAGUAUCUUGGCCUUUAUUAUCCCCAGAAGUAAUAGAUUGAGUCAGUUAUUGAGGUUCGCCUCAGCCAGUUUACCAUCAUUGCUUUCCUUGUCUUUCACAUGGUUGGUAGUAUUCCUAGUGUUUGCAAUCGCGAUGAAUCAAAUCUUUGGAUUGACUAAGAUUGGUCCAAAUGGUACUGGUAAUUUGAAUUUAAGGUCAGUUCCAAAAGCAUUGAUUGUGUUGUUCAGGUGUAGUUUUGGUGAAGGGUGGAAUUAUAUCAUGGAUGACUAUGCCCUUGAGUCGCCUUAUUGCACAGUGAACAACAGCAUUGAUAAUUCGGAUUGUGGAAACAAAGCAUUUGCCUACAUAUUAUUUAUUGCUUGGAACAUUGUUUCCAUGUACAUUUUCGUCAAUAUGUUUAUUUCCCUCAUUUUGGACAGUUUCAAUUACAUUAGAUCGAGAUCAAGCUAUAGUUCAUUGAUCCAAAGAGAAGAAAUUAGAAAGUUCAAGAGAACUUGGCAAAAGUUUGACUCCCAAGGUAGUGGGUACAUAAAGCCAAUUGAGUUACCUAAGCUCUUACACGCAUUGGAAGGUGCUUUAUCUUUCCACUUCUACAAAGGUGCUUUAGAAAUUCCAGUGUUGUGCAAGGAAUGGAUUAAAAGAAAUGACCCUUACAAUCCUUAUGACAUUCAAGUGAACUAUGAUAGUUUAAAACGAACUUUAGAUAAGAUGGAUAUACCCAAGAUUCGUGAAAGAAGAAGGGCCUAUGAAAGAUUUAUGGAAGAGGCGUUAUUGAAUAUGGAAUUAAACAACGAUCCGGGUAUAUCGUUUACUAGAAUUUUGUUGCAACUUCCAUUGUAUACAUCUUUUGAAGCUGGCCAAUGUCUCAACUUGAUUGAUUUCCUCGAAAGAAGAUUGUUGGUGCAAAAGGUCGAAAAAAGACUUCACACGAAAAGAGUUUACGAAACCAUUGCUGCUUAUGCAUGCCGUUGGAAAUAUAAGCAAAAUCAGCAUAAAGGAAUUAGAACUACUGACAUUGCUUUUGACAAAGAACUAAAGAGGCAUAGCUAUCUUGCCAAUGAGAAUUUAGACGUCAAUGCCCCCUCUAUAUUUGUCACAGAUACUAAUGAAGAGACUAACUCAAUGAGAAAAUUGAAGUCCAAUGAAGAUGACCAUGAAGUUCGCCCUAAUGAUUUCUAUGACAAUGAAGAUGAAAACACCCCAUUAUCAAAAUCUUAUAACGUGGAUCCUGAAAGCAGUACCAGUGGAGUAUAUGUGCCCAAAUCUCCCUUGAGUAUCUACAAAGCCAGAAAUAGAGUCGGAAGUGGAAAUCAUCUCGAAGUUACUAAAGAAAAACAACCCAAAUUGUUCAUUGAAAUUCCCAAUAAAUUAUCAAGAUCGUCAGAUUCCUCCCCAAUACUAACAAGUUCUACUUUCAACGACGAAGACAUCAACUUAUCACCAUUCUUGGAACAGGAUGAAUUGGCUACUCAUGAAGAAGAGAAUAAAGUCUCCCUAAUAGACAUUGCAACUGUGGGAGAGACGCUUGAAAACUCAUCCUGGGGAGAAGCCUUUAGGGAAGUUCAGGAUGAUAGCAAUUCUUGGAAGAACAAAGACAAAUAA